AUGAGCCGCCUAAACACAAGCGACAGCUGCUCGUUCGUUGACGUGGAUAAGAUGAUGAGUACCUUGCAGCUGGCAGUCCACAUCCCCACCUUCCUCCUGGGCCUGGUCCUCAAUCUCUUGGCUAUCCGAGGCUUCAGUACCUUUCUGAGGAAGAAGCAGCCAGAAUACAUUGCCACUUCCAUCUACAUGAUUAACUUGGCCGUCUUCGACUUACUGCUGGUGCUCUCCCUCCCGUUCAAGAUGGUCCUGCCGCAACUGGAAUCCCCUUCCCGAGGCUUCUGCACGCUGGUGGAGUGCCUCUACUUCAUCAGCAUGUACGGCAGUAUUUUCACCAUCUGCUUCAUCAGCCUGGACAGGUUCCUGGCCAUGCAGUACCCGCUCCUGGUCAGCUACUUCCGGUCCCCCAGGAAGACCUUUGGGAUCUGCUGCAUCCUCUGGAUCCUGGUAUGGAUAGGAAGCAUCCCUAUCUACACUUUCCACAGGGAAGUGGAGAAGUACAAAUGCUUCCACAACAUGUCCGACGGCACCUGGAGUGCCAGGGUCUUCUUCCCGCUCGAGAUCUUUGGCUUCCUCCUUCCCAUGAGCAUCAUGGGCUUUUGUUCCUAUAGGAGCAUCCGCAUCCUGAUGGGCCGUAGGGAGUACACUCAAGACUGGGUCCGGCAGAGAGCCUGCAUCUGGACCAUCGCUAUCAACCUUGUUAUCUUCGUGAUCUCCUUUCUGCCGGUGCACUUGGGCUUCUUCCUGCAGUUCCUGGUGAGGAACAGCUUUAUCUCGGAGUGCAGAGUCAAGCAGAGCAUCAGCUUGUUCCUGCAGCUGUCCCUGUGUUUCUCCAAUAUCAACUGCUGCCUCGAUGUUUUCUGCUAUUACUUUGUCAUCAAAGAAUUUCGCAUGGGCAUCAAGGCCCACCGGCCUUCCAGAGUCCAGCUGGUCCACCAGGACACCACGAUCUCCAGGGGUUAA